GAAAAACUCUAUCAGAAAAUGAUUCUAGUUAUUACCCUUUUAAGUGGACUCGGUAAUCCAGCAAUAACGAACACUUUACGAGAAGUAACUGCAACAUUGCAAAGUGUAUUUCAACCAUCUGAGUUAUCAAAUUAUGUAAAUCUUCCAAAAAACGAAAAGGAAAAACAACUUAUGGAAUUGAUGUGUAUAGUUGCCGGUAUACGUUUAUUUAAUCGAGAUUGUCAACGUGGUGGAAAAGAAAUCGAUGAUCUUCCAAGUAUUUUACAAGAUUCAGUUAAGAAAACGUACGACAAUAUCCUUGAAUUAUUGGAAAAGUUAAUGACAAAAGUUUACGAAUUUACUGAUAUCAUAGAAAGGAUCAUUUCUUCUAUGGUGAUAGAUGAGAACGACGAUAUAUGUUACUCGAGUAUGCAGAAAUUGAUUUUACCUAAAAACAUUAAAGAAGAUAAUUACAAAUGGGCUAUUGAAAUUUUAACGGCAUCUCGUCAACAGGAAAUAUAUAUCAGAAAAUUACUAUCUGACGUAGAACACAGUGGGAAUAUAAUCAAAAAUUUGAUCGAACGUCUUCAACAACGUCUGAUGAAACUUCAUGAAACGAUGCGUUACAGAACAGCCAUUCCAACAACUCAAGUUUAUCCACAGUUCAUCGACCUUGCAGAUAUAUGGAUGGGAUUACAGGAUGAAGUGAUCAUAUUAAGUAAUAUUAAUAAUUUUCUCUGGGAGAUACACAAUUUGAAUAUUAAGAAUGUAAACGUGUACGAUCAAGAAAUAUUCAAGGAUAUAAUAAUAAAAAACGUAAACGUUUUAACAGACGCUGAACGUCUUGAACUGUCAAUGGGUGAAACAAUAACAGAUUGUGGCGAUUGUACUAUCUAUUAUCCGAACAAUACGAAGGAUUUUGAUAAAAUUGAUUUGGAGUUUCUCGGCUUUUGCGCUUGGAUGUUCGUAAUGGGGAAAGGAGCUUUAAUUCCAGCAAAUCCCAACAAUGGGGUAGCUAAAUGGCGAGGGAGGUAUUAUGCUUUCAGUUCAGCAGCAGCUGCUCGUCUUUUUGGAAAGGAACCAGAUAAGUGCGUUGCAGAGGCUCUGAAUUUUAUCAGGGAUCAUAUAGAAUACGUCUAUUUAUUCCAGAUGUAUGAAGACAUCGAAACUAUGAAAAAUAAGGAAUUAACGGAAGAUGAAUCAGAGUUAAAGACUUGUCAAGAUCAAACGGUUCAAACUGAUACGCAUAUUUUACCACCACAAAAGGACGAUACAAAUUACAUUUGGAAUGUUUGGGAACUUAGAAGAAGAGCUCUCUCUUUGGCUAAUGUAAGACAACGCGCAACGCGUAGCACGCAGACUCAUUUGUCAAACUUUAGAAGUGGUGCCUACGUGCAAGCAACACCACCGAGAGACAAGGAAGUACAAACCAAAAGAGACAAUUAUACAAACACGAAAAAACUUCUCACUUAUAUUUUUGGAUUACGAGGAAGACGCGAUAACAACCAGCACGUUCUCUCUUUCCUCGAAGAGGAACUUGAACACCUAGAAAACUCCGCUUAGAAAUCCCAAAUCCAAUCAUCACCUCCUUUUCUAUUACUUCUAUUAUUUCUUUUUUUUUCACAUCAUUAUCUUAGCAAAACUUACAAACGUAAAAAACGUCGAUAGUUUUUCGUUAGAAAAAAAAUUAAGAAGACUCAGUAAAAAAACUCUUCGUCAUCAUGGACUGACAUAGAUUGAUUGAAUGAUAGAUCGAUUGAUUUAAUUUGAGUUUAUUAAAAAUUAUGGGAUAAUAUUAGAAGAAUGAGGAAUAUACAUUAUGAUAAAUAACGUGGAAAUAAAUGUGACACGAGAAAUGCUUCUUUUUUUUGUUUCUUUCUACUUUUUUCUUAAAAAAAAAAAUUUUAAGCAAUACUUUUUAAUGACACUUUUUGUUUUUUCUUCUUACAUUUACGGAAAACAGCAGCGCGUUCUCUUCAGCCAUAUGUUAUUCCUCUUAAAACAAGAGCAUGAGAAAGUGCGAUAAAGAGAUAGAAGAGAAAGAGAGAGAGAAAGAAAAAAAAAA